AUGUGUGCCGGUGCCAACCUGUGUGUGCUGAACGACCGGCCGAGUCCCGACCUCUCUCCUUCUUCCGGCUUCCACGUCAACGUGACUUGCUACUUUGGCCUUUUCACGUCUUACUGCACAUGCCUAAGCACUUCCAAGACCCGCUGCUGUCCGAAGUCGCAUCCAAACGACGUCGCCACCCACAUCGCCUCUUCUGCUAUCACUCUCUCUCUCUCUCUACAACAUAAAAUCUUGACCUCUGCCGGCUUUUUGACUUUCAGAAAAGUCUGGACAGUCAUGCUUCUCAGUCGGUCACCCAAAACUGAGGCUUGCCUCCGUUUCUCCGGUCGGUUCGAUCAUCUGCCCCACAGGCUCCGUGCCGUCCUCGCAAGGGGGGCAUGCUUUGUGUGCAUUUUUGGCACGGUCCCGGCGACUGGGUGUGAUUUGCCGGUUGACCGGAUGGCCCCGAGGCCAAUUCGUCAGCUGGCGGGACUCGGAGCCGUGCACCAUCGUCCCGUUUGGCCGCAACAAUUGGCCACUCAGCGCAGACCGAACGCUCCGACCGUCGGCGGCUACAAGUCACCUCUUCGUGCCUUUUGGAAGGACGCAUUUUCUACUCUUUCGCGAUGA